UCGGCCUGCUCGCUCAGUCGCCAUGGGAACUAGAUUCUUCAGGGCUGGGAACAGAUUUGCCUUCUUUGGCCUUUUCACUCCUCCUGGCCCUCGGUGGAGGAGGGGAGGACUUUGGCUCCUGGGUCGCGACCCUGGAGUCCCAGUGCCCAGCCCCUCUGGCCUGACUCCGGGUGGGCAGCCCCAUCUACCUGGUCAUCGCCAGCCCGUCUCCCUGGGCUGGGACGGCCUUUCCCUCUCCACCGGUGGGGCAGGCAGGGAGGGCCCUGCGGUCUCGCAGGCGUGAGCUGAUGGCCUCAGUUUCUCCAUUCCUCUCAGGGGUGCUUCCCCUUUCCUGGGCAGGGUGCCCAGCCCAGGACUACCUUGCCCGGCCGGCCCCACCGGCUGGGGAGGGAGUUGAUACGCACACACACCUCCAUGUUAAAGAUGGGGAGAUGGAGGUUCCCGCUGGGCCCUGAUCUAUGAGGGUGGGGGGGCCGCCUCAGGUCCCCCCCCCACCUCUGUGAGUCACCGCCCUGUGUGGGCUCCUGCUCUGAUGUGGGAUGUGGAAGAAGGCGGGGACAGGGAGCAGGAGCUGAGCAGGCCCUGCCCCCUCAGGCCCCUCCUCCUCGCCUCAAAAUGCAGCCCACGGCCACGAUGGCCACGGCCACCACCGCCGCCACGGCCCCCCUGGCCGCGACGUGGGACAACACCACGGGCCGCCCUACCGCGGAGCCCGACCCCAUCCUGGACAACUACGCGCUGCUGGUGGUGGUGAUGUCGGUCUUCGUGGGCGGCACGCUGGUGGUGCUGUCCGGCGUCCUGCUGCUGUGCCGGCGCUGCUGGGAGGUCCACCGGCACUUCAACAGAGCUACGGAGGACGCAGAGAAGACCACCACCACCUACCUGGACAACGGCACCCACCCGGCCCAAGACCCCGAAUUGAGGGGGGAGGACCCCGAGGGCCAGGACGCCGAGACCGAGCGCUUCCUGUCCACCAGCUCCACGGGUCGUCGCGUGUCCUUCAACGAGGCGGCCCUGUUUGAGCAGAGCCGGAAGGCGCAGGACAAGGGCCGCAGGUACACCCUGACAGAGGGUGACUUCCACCAUCUGAAGAACGCUCGCCUCACCCACCUACACCUGCCGCCCCUCAAGAUUGUCACCAUCCAUGAGUGUGACUCAGGCGAGGCCAGCGUAACUGCCAUGCCUCACCCUACUGCCACCCCCAAGGCCAGCCUUGCCAUAUUCCAGCCCCCGGGGAAGGCCCUCACUGGCCGCUCCGUGGGCCCCAGCUCCGCCUUGCCAGGUGACCCCUACAGCCCGGCCGCGGGCCCUGCUGACUUCGAGAUCAGCCCGUCCACAUCCAGUGACUCUGGGGAAAGCACCUCGCUGGAUGUGGGUGCCAGGAGCACGAAGCCUGGGGGGCCGGGGGCCAUGGCGGGGCCCGGGGAGGUGGGCCCAGGGUCCGGGGCGGGCCCGGUCCUGCGAUUCUUCACCCGCUUGAGGCGCCAUGCCAGCCUGGAUGGGUCCAGCCCCUACUUCAAGGUCAAGAAGUGGAAGCUGGAGCCCAGCCAGCGAGCGUCCAGUCUGGACACAAGAGGCUCCCCCAAGCGCCACCACUUCCAGCGGCAGCGGGCUGCCAGCGAGAGCAUGGAGCAGGAGGGGGCCGCCCCCCACGGGGACUUCAUCCAGUACAUCGCCAGCGCAGGCGCCCCCGCAGCCUUCCCGCCCCCCCGCCCCUUCCUGGCCGGCCCUGCCAGCCCGCCCCCCGCUCUCGGCAGGUAUUUUUCAGUAGAUAGAAGUGCUAGAGGUGGGCCUGGGGGCCCCUGCUCCACCCCACCCGCUAGGUGGCCCAGGGAGCGCUCUCCCUGCCCUGCGGACCGGCGGCUGUGUCCCGCAGGUGCCACCGCCCCUCCUGGAGGCUGCCUUGCCGGGGCCACCUCCCCACUGCGGACCAGAGCAGGGGAGCAGGGGGACACUGGGUAA